CGCUCCUCUUUAAGGGCCAUCAACUUCCUGUUACGUCACAUCCGGAAUAUAAGGGUCGAAAAGAUGGCGUUGCUCUUAAGGUCCUUAGCCAGGCAGGGGCUAAGCCUAUCCCGUCCUCAGUCAUGUGUCUUACUCAGACAUGUCGUUCCCAUGGGAACCAGUGCUAAGGAGGAAAUGAAUAAAUUUUGGGCCAAAAAUUCCAGACUCAACCGACCACUUUCCCCCCAUAUUACAGUCUACAGGUGGUCAAUCCCAAUGGCGAUGUCCAUCUCUCACAGAGGCACAGGGAUUGGGCUCAGCACAGGUAUCUCUCUGUUUGCUGUGGGAGCACUGGCUUUACCUGGUGACUUUGCCCACUACCUGGGGCUCGUUCAGUCCCUCUCUCUGGGCCCUGCCAUAAUCGCCAGUGCCAAAUUUGUGCUGGCAUUCCCCGUGAUGUACCACACCUUCAACGGCAUCCGCCACCUGUUAUGGGAUGUGGGAAAAGGGUUCAAGAUCCCGCAGGUGUAUCGCUCAGGGUACAUCGUCAUUGCACUGUCACUCCUCUCAUCCGUUGCUCUCGCCACCCUCUGAGCUGCCACAAGAUGUCAGAAGAGGAGGGGGAGAAACGUUCCAGUGGAAGAUGUUUUGUGUUUCUUCACAAAAACUUGGAUUGUUUGCCCUUGAUGUAUUAAAAUGUCUGUACAUAAACAGAUUUGUCCUGCAUGGAUGUUUUGUGAA